AUGAAAAAGUCACCAGCUAUUGCCGAAGCGAAAGCACCAAGUCCCUAUCUAACAACACCGUAUAAGGCACCUGCAACAACUAAAAAGACUGCAACCUCUUCAUCAUCACCUAUUCCAACAACAACUAAUGGUAGCAAACAAUCUAAAUCACCAGUUAAAACUAAGCAGAAUCAACAACCAGAAAAUAAUGGCGUUAGUGCUCAGUUAAGCGAAAAGAAAGCUUCACCCUUAAUUUCCAAAACGGCAAGCAAUUCUACCCCAAAGAAGACAGCCACCACCACCACAACAGAUAAUCCCAAUACUCCUACAAAGCAAAAUAGCUCUCCAAAUCACACUUCUCCUUCAUCUAUUGAAAAAUCCAAAGGAAAGGAAUCAUCAACUCCAACUAAGACUACAUCAACAAAAACUGCCACCUCUAAAACGACACCAACCUCUACAGGGAAAUCUACUACUACCGUAACUAAAUCUUCAGCAAUUAUCAAGUCUUCCUCCACCAAGUCCUCAUCGAAUAAGAAUGCAGUUUUUAAGAAAAUACCCUCAGAUGUUGUUCUCAUUAUCUUGGAUUAUUAUGGAGGAAUUUUCAAAAAGUCUACUAUUACCGAAAAGGAUGGCAAGAUUGAGUAUUCUUCUUUCAUCAAAAAGUUUUAUGGGCGAUUUAGUGUUGAUAAAUCGGUGAAGUUCAUGUUUAGAUUCAUUGAGGGGGAUCAUCAAGCUAUCAACAAUAUGAAGGAAAGUAUUGAACUAGUUAGAUUGGCAUUUGUAGGCUCCUCAAAAGUAAGAAUUGCUGGCUCUGUGGCUGAUUAUCUUCUUAAUUGUCCCAACAAGGCAGAUCCCAGUUUAGCAAUGCGAAAACUUGAACUAUUUGCUUCAUCACUUGGUGAUGAUUGUAAAAAAGUUAGUGAAGUGGAUUUUGUUGGAAGAGAAACAUUUUCAGAGUUGUGUUCUCUAUUUUUCAAAACAUUUACAAAUUUGGAAAUCAUAAAAGGUGGAAGACAUAUGAGAAAGAGAAGGGAUAACGACUAUGAUACCAGAUUUCAUGCAUUUGAUACCUCCAUGGCUAGUGCUCUGGAGGUUACAGGUCCAAAUGUAAAGGAAAUUAAAUGGUUAGGCUCUACACUGCCAAAAAACCUGGCCUCCUUCACACCUAACUUGGAAACGAUUCACAUUGGUAAGUUAUUUUAA